CCAGCAGCAGAGGCAGCAGCCACAGCAGCGCGCCUUCGAGCACGAGCGGGAACCCGUAAUAUCUUCAUUUGUUUAGAAGCGGUGCUCGCGAGUGGUCGUGUAUCGUGGCCGUCCGGUGUCGGAGAUGUGCAUCUCGUGCCUGCCUAUCUGUCGUGAUAAACCAGUAGUUGAUAGUGAUCCCAGCAGUCGGGUAGGAGAGUCUGUGUUGAGAUAGGAAUGGAAGAUAGCUAAGCAGAACUGACCUAUCGAACAGAGAUCAACUCGUACCCCGUCUUUGUGAGUGAGCCUGUGUGUAUGCGUGUGCCUGAGAGGAGACGUCAUUUAAAUUAAUUAUCAUCCACAACAACUUGGCAAAGUCGCCUGUCCGCUGAUGGUGAUCUCAUAUAGCUAAACGACUUUUAAUUUCUACUCCCUUACGCCCUCCAUCUUUCUGAGACGUUUGUAGUGUGCCGUGGAUUCGAUUAAACUAUUCCCACCGCUGAACAGCGAACGACGAGAAUGAAAGUGUUAGCAGGCGUUGACAGUGUGGCAGUGUUCUGAGUGGAUUAUGAAUGAAUUCAUCUUACGUAAAGGUUGUUAGUGUGUGGCGCACCAAAGAGGGUGAUAAAAACAAGCGAUAGUGUGCGUGUGUGUGUGGCUGGAAAUAAGGAAGAAUAAUCAACGCAUUCCUCUGGGGCUGAUGUUCGACGGAAGUGACAAGGGGCAUUCGGCGCGAAAAGGUGUGACUCAACGAAUCGCUUGUGUGUGAUAUGAUUGCAACCGGAGCAAGAAGCGUUUCAGUUGCUACGGGAAACGGUCUCAGCUCGUGCGGGCUGCUGUGACACGUUGCGUGACAGUGUGGUUAUAUAUCAUUGUGACACAAGGUUAUGGCCGGAGCCGGCAUUCGCGCGUGAUUCAUAUCGGUAGCAGCCUCUGGUGGGUGAUCUGGAGGAAAUUAAAACACAAAAAAAUCGUCAUACAGCAGCCUCAUAAUGGAUUUAUAUAAGUUGGAGGUGGCAUGCAAGACUUCGCGAAGGAUGAUCUAGGAUUGCUGGGAUCGAGCGGCGUCAGUCACGAGAAGGACCCUCUCGUACAUACGCACCCACAGCACGAUCAUCACACCGUGCACCAGAGUCAUCUAAGCUCGGCCGGAAGCGGACACUCGGUAGUUGGGCUUGUAGUGGACGAGAUUAAGCUAACGCACAUACCGGAUCUGCUGGAACCGGGCGAUGGUGGCAAGUUGGAAGAGUCGGAACGCGAUCUAUAUCCCUGGCAUACUGGAGCUAACAUUUCGAGUAGAUUUCUGCGCAGUUCAGAUGAUCCGUUGAUCUCCGGUGGCACCAACGACAAUCCGCACGAUAAUGAGCUUAGUGUGCCCACGGUCAGCCAGUCUAUGUGUCCGUCGCCAACCACACCACCAACACCGCCACCACCCAAGCAUCGCCACCCGAGCGUCAUCCUAUCGCCGGACCUGCCGGACGCGACACUCUCGCCCCUACCAACCCCACCGAAGUCGGCCGGCCCAAGGGAGCAACCGGCCAAGCGCACCAACAGUGCUCCUAGGGCGCGCCGAAAGGGACCGCUCAAGCUGCGGUUCCACCACCAGGCACUGCCCCAGGAAUAUCUGGACCACUAUGAGGCAACGCAAAACAGUCUGCAAGCAAAGAAGGACAACCCCGUUGCGUCGAAUCAAUCGAAACAGUCCCAGCGCCAGCAGCCGGCAAAAGCCAACACCACUACACGGAAGGGUAUGAUGGAGCGGCAGGCGGCACUGGAGCGUGAGGAGCGCACGAACGAAUCGGUUCGCAGCUGGCUGCAGAAGAUACUGGAGCUGCAGAAGGAGGGCGUGUCGAUGGCACCGCUCAAGGAUGAGAUCCCACCGGCCCAGACAUCUCCGGGCAGUGUGGUGAGCGAAGGUGCCACCGGCAAUCAGAACGGUGUUCAGCAGAAAAGGAUCGUAAGCUACACGGAUCUACCGUACAUGGGUGAGAUAACGCUCGAGAACUCGAAACCGAGACGUGGACGAAAGCCAAAAAAGGCGGACAUUUGCCAUUUGAUCUACAAGAACUAUGGCACCAUUCUCCCGGGCACUCCUAGCCGAGAGCUUGGACUGGAGAAAGGGAUGCUGCCGAAAGGAUGCUCAAAGUCGGUUGCCAGCCUCCUCGAGCGACGUCUCGCGUCGUCCGACGAGAGGAAGCAUCUGUGUGGUGGGGACAGUAAACCGUUGGAAGCAUCUCAGGAACAGUCUGUCAGUAGGGGACGACGGAAAGAGGAGCCAUUGAACUUGUGCGUGCGUGAAGCGGGAACGAAUGUUGUGCCGACGGCCGGUGGGGAAACGUUUAGUGUGUCCAGCUCUGAAGAGGAUCCGGAUGAGGUGUUUGCGUCUUCCUGUCCGACGCCCAUUAUCACUCCGUCGGACAUUUGCACUGAUCAAGCGCUGGCUGCCAAUAUGAAGCUCUCGCUGCCAACGCUGCAGUCCUCGUCGGGGAGCACCACGGAGACUCCGUCGACUGCGGAAACUCCACCCGGCUAUAUGUAUUGGUCGUCCGGGACGAACGGUCUCUUUGCACAUCCCAUGCCGAUGUACAACUCAGCAGCUUCUAGAGAAGCUCACAGCAAGCUGCUGGAAGACCACACCCGCCCAGUAGCUCCUUCUUCCAACGCAUCAUCACCUCCGAUCUCUCCGGAUGCUGCGAAAGGCAGUCAGCAGCAGCAUCCUCUGCUUGUUCCGAAGCACAUAUCGCAGCUGAUCAAGCACGAUAAGCAAUCGUCGCCGAGCAGUGCCACCUCACCAGCUGGUCAGCGAUCACCCCCGGCCCAGAAACGUAAACGAUCGGCCAUCUUUAUCCCACCGGUGCCGGCGGAGAACAGUCCCAAUCCGGCGACGGAGGUGAGCAUCUGCAAGUUCAAGUUCACCGGUGGAGCCAAACCGUGUCUGCAGGAGAAGAAGAUACUGAGCGUUGACUCGGGCGGUAACUUCCGGUACUAUUCCGGCACGGGUGAUAAAUCGAUGCGUGGCUAUGAGUUCUUCCCGCGGGAGAGUCUCCAGCAGAGCAGCAUCAACGCCACCAGCACGACUGGUGCUUUUCUGAACGCAUCCGGUGAACGAAUUGCCUGUGACCUACCGCCUCCUUCGUUGGGGUUAAGUAACGAUCUGCUUCAAAUACCGGAGUUCCCUACAUCACCGCAACCGUGCGCAUCACUGCCAGGCGAUCCAUCAUCGCCCGUCCCCUGCAACGGUAAUCAGCAGCAGUACAGGAUGAACGCGACCAACAGUGCGUCGGAGCGAAGGCGCCGGAAAACUCGCCGGGCUACGCAGCGAGAGUCGCUGGAGAAAACGUUCAAGGAGAAAGGUUUUCUGAUUCAAACGCAGCAGCUUCAAUCGGCCGAAGGUGCGACCUAUUGUAAAUUCAGACAAUUACGCAAAUUUACCCGCUAUCUCUUCCGAAGCUGGAAAGACUAUCUGCCCGGAGAGCUGCAGCAACAGCAGGAGCCGCAUUCACACGCACUACCGGAUGGAGAACUUACUAGCAUUACACUGCCAACGGUCGUCACUUCAACGCGAGAUGUACCGCACGACGAUCACACCAUCGACGAGGAAUCGUUGCUGACUUCUUCGACCAGCAGCGUACGAAUGGAAACGGUCGAGGUUUGUGAGCAUGGGAACUCACCGGAUAGGGUAAUUCCGUCGAACCAUCGCUUGCCAGGACGAAAUCAGUCUUCCACGAGUGUUACAUCGCAGCACGUCCAUUCCGAAACGCUGGUGGUUGAGUCCAGCUACCAUCGACACGGAACUCCCUCACCCGUGGUCAACUACCACCGACAAGCGGACGAAGUGAGAAGCGUUCUGCCAUAGUAGUGGUGCGUGUUCAACAUUAUCAUCUUCUUCGCUGUUGCCGAAGACACCCAAGACCAAAGAGUAUGUUAAUUCUAGGUUAGCCACAACGUAUAGCCGUAAGUGUCAGCUUCGAUCAAACCGGGAACCCUGUUUUUGUUUUUAUUUAAAUUCUGCUUUUGAUGCACCUUCUUCUAAAUAAAAAAACACCGCGCUGCAAAGCAUGUGCGAAUGCUUGCCAAUUUCGAUGCGUACCGGCUCGAAUGCAAUCUAGUCUCUCUUUCUCUCUCUCAUCGUUCGGUAUAAUAAGUUAAGCAACUAAUAUUGUGCCUUUCGUUUAGUAGAAGCAUUUCUCGACUGUUAGCAGAAUACGCGACGUGGGUUUUUAGCUUAUUAUUGUUGUUAAUUUUCGUAGCUUAAUAAUAUGGUUUUAGUAACUUUAAAUCUGCAAUGUUUUAUUUUAUGAUGGAAUCGUUUCUAUCGCCGUGGAAGGGAGGACUUGAAAUAACUGGAAGUAAAAUAAAGUGAUUGACAGAAUUAAUCGAACAA